AUGGCAAAGUCAAUGAUGUAUAAUUCUCUCGCUCAAAUCUCCCUCGUUGUCAUGAUUCCUCUUUGUGCUUGUUGUGAAACCGACGAAGGCACUAGCACCGCCUCUCUCUCCCAUCAUUUUUAUGACAACUCAUGCCCAAAAGCUCAAGAAAUCGUUCAAUCUUUUGUCGCGAAAGCAUACUCCGAUGACCCUCGCAUGGCUGCCUCGUUGCUUAGGCUUCACUACCAUGACUGUUUCGUCAAUGGAUGUGAUGCUUCAUUAUUAUUGGACAAUAGCGGAACUUUGGAAAGCGAGAAACGAUCAGUCGUAAACAUAAACUCUGCUCGAGGGUUCGAAGUCAUCGACGAUAUCAAGUCUGCCUUGGAAGAUGAAUGUCCUCAAACAGUUUCUUGCGCUGAUAUUUUGGCUCUUGUUGCCAGAGACUCCACUGUUAUUACCGGUGGACCGAGUUGGGAAGUAUAUCUAGGAAGAAGAGACGCAAGAGAAGCAAGUUUGAUUGCUUCCGACAAUAACAUUCCUUUUGCUAACUCCACGUUUAGUAACCUCGUCAACAAGUUUAACGAUCAAGGACUCGAUCUCACCGAUCUUGCUGCUCUCUUAGGAAGUCAUACGAUAGGAAACUCGAGGUGCAAGAGUUUCCGAACAAGGUUAUACAAGAAUUUAGGAAACGAAGAUCUCGACCGGAAUAUGGAUCAAAACUUCGCUUCAAUGUUGCAGCAGGGAUGUCCGAUUUCCGGUAACGACCAGAACCUCUUUAAUCUCGACUAUGUGACUCCGACUAAAUUUGACAACCACUACUUCAAGAAUCUGAUGACGUAUAAAGGACUCUUGAACACUGAUGAGGUUUUGUUCACCAAGAGCAGCAACUCCCAGGAGUUGGUCAAGCUUUACGCGGAGAAUGAGGAAGCUUUCUUUGAGCAGUUCGCAAAGUCGAUGGUGAAAAUGGGUAAUAUCUCUCCGUUGACGGGGACUAAUGGUGAGAUCCGGAGGAUCUGCCGGAGGGUUAACCAUUGA